AUGACAGAAAGUAAUAUUAUUAAUGAUGAGAAUACUAAAGACAGAGCCUUAGUUUCUACUUUUUGUAACAAAGAUGGUUUACGUAUAAAAAGUUAUUCAUGGAUAGUGAAAAAAGCUUUAGGUAUCAUAAUAUUAAUACAUGGGUUAGCUUCUCAUUUAAGGUUUGGAUUUUUAAACAAAAAUGCAAAGAUUGUAAGUAAUGAGCAUGCUGUUUUAAUUGAUGGAGAUAAUUAUUUUUUAUAUGAAGGUAGUUGGAUUGAGAAAUUGAACAAAAGUGGUUAUUCUGUAUAUGGUUUGGAUUUACAAGGUCAUGGAGAAUCUGAUGGAUAUCAGAAUUUAAAAUUACAUAUUAAAGAUUAUGAUGAUUAUAUAUAUGAUUUAAUAGAUUUUAUUAAAAGAGUUAAAAAAUCAAGUAUUUUAGAAUCUGAAACGAGAAGUGACACAUUAGAUAAGGAACAAAUUGAGACGUUUGAAAAUCUUCCAAUAUAUUUAGCAGGUUUUUCUAUGGGUGCAAAUAUAAUGUUAAGAGCUAUGGAAUUAUUAAAUAAUACAAAUGAUGAUUUAAUUACUAAAGGGAGUAUAAAAGGACUUGUGUCACUAUCUGGAAUGUUUUCUAUUAAGGCAGUUGGAUCACCUGAUUCUUUUAAAUAUAAAUAUUUUUUUUCUCCAGUUAUGAAUUUAAUGUCUUCUAUAGGUCCAACUGAUAGAAUAAGUAAGAGUAAGAAAAGUUAUGAACGUUGUCCAUAUGUUAAUGAUCUUAUAUCCUUUGAUAAAGUGAGAUAUGAUGGGACCAUAACAAAGAACCUUGCCUAUGGUUUAAUGAAAUCAGUAGAUACAUUAAAUAAAAAUAUGGAUAGAAUUCCUAAAAAUAUUCCUAUUUUAUUUAUACAUUCAAAAACGGAUAAUAUAUGCACAUAUGAAGAUGCAUUACUCUUUUUUAAUAAAUUAAAUAAUUCAAAUAAAGAAAUUUAUACUUUAGAAAAUAUGAGUCAUGUUAUAACAAUCGAAAAAGGAAAUGAAAAACCUCUAAAUAAAAUGAUUGAAUGGAUACAGUAUACACAAUACAAAGAAGAAGAAAAAAAAAAAAAGAAGCAAAAAGAAAAAGAAAAGAAAUGA